AUGUUCACUUCAGUUGCUCACUGGGAUCGGGAAUACAUUUGUGCAGGUUCAUCAUGGUGGUGCUGGAACUACAGCGGCAGGACUAAAAGCUUGGUUUUUCUGGGAGAGAGAAUUCAUCAGAGAGGGCUGGGACCUACUCUGAUUCGUAUAUCUCAGUUCAGUGUUGAAGCUCUUUCAGAAGCAAUAAGGUUCAUGCUCCAGCCAGAGGUGAAAUCUCGAGCAACGGAAAUAGCAGCGUUAAUCGAGAAUGAGGAUGGUGUAGGAGCUGCAGUCAAUGCAUUCCGCCAGCAUCUACCUCCCAAGAUUAUGAGACAGAAUAUAGUUCCUAUUACUUGA